AUGGGUGCUCAAGAGAGUGCCAUUAGAAGAAAAACCGAAGAACUCGAAGUAGGCGAGGAAUAUUCCAAAAAAUCAGCUAUUUAUUCGCUGUGGAGUCAUGUAAACCCGUACACAAAGAAGAAAAGUAUCAAAGGAACUGUAUUUACUAAGGAAUUUGGUUCUUUCGUUGAUGAGCGGAAAUAUUAUGAAAAUGGAAUUAAGCAUUUGAAACAACUUCGUCAUCCUCACAUAAUUAAUUUUGUUGACUGUAAUAAUGUAAAUGGAGUUCUCUCUUUACUAACUGAAAGAGUAUUGAUUUUGGAUAUUUGCAUUGAUUCCUUAACUUCUAUCGAAAUCCAAUCUGGUUUAUCACAGAUCAGAGAAGUUCUAAUUUUCCUUCACGAAAAGGCUCGAGUUUGUCAUAAUAAUAUCUCGCCCGCUUCCAUAUUUGUAACUCCUAAUGGUGAUUGGAAACUUGGAGGAUUUGAGUUUGCCCAAUCUCUUGACGAAACAAGAGCACCUUUUCAAACCGAAUUUUAUAAGAGAGCCAGAAUCAGAACCUUUUCUGUAGAUUCCGCGACGAAUUCCAAUCCAUUAUGGCGAGACUAUUACGCGUUCGGAAAGUUGAUCACUUACUCCACUAAAUUUCUUAGAGCUGACGAAGUUGGAGCCGAUGUUAUUCAUUCUUUAAACGAUAUUGUCGAGAAAUUGACAUCGUCAGAGAACGUCAAAAUAUCUCUCGCAGAGAUUUAUGAUGAAGUUGCCUUUUCUAACGAUCUGAUUGAAAUUGAAAUUUUCUUGAGUACAGUUCACUUGAAGUUGGAAGAAGAGAAAGACGAAUUUUUCAAACUUGUCCAUGAAAAACUGGUAAACCUUCCCAGACGAGUAGUCGCUAGAAGAUUAUCCCGUCUCUUCCUUUCCCGUUAUGUAUUACUCGAAGCAAGAUCUCAUUUGUAUUUGUACCCUUUUAUAUUAACUCCCCAAACUGAUGAAUCUUCUCAGGGGAUUUUCCCGGUAGAGCUUUUCCGAGACUACGUGGUUCCUGAAAUAGUUCGAGUAUUCCUAAUUAGAGAUUUAUCUGUGAGAUGUGGGUUGUUGGCUCAUUUCGACAAGUAUGCUCAAUACAUUCCUGUUAAUCAACUCGAGGAUUUUGUUUUAAACGAGAUUCAAACAGGUGCUCAUGAUGUGAAUGAACGUUUAGUUGCCCAAUCUCUCCAAGCUAUGGCCACUCUUGUACCUUUACUUGGACCUGAAAGAGUUUGUGGCUGGAAGUGUUCUAAACUUUUUUCUGAUGGAACUCCCAAGUUAACAGUCUCUGCUCACGGUUCUACAUGUGGAAGUCCUCUACCUCCCGCUCCCCGGCCUGUUGUACUGAGAGAUUCUGUUGACUUACAAUGCAACAGACAAAUUGAGCAACAUGCACCUGUGCUGUACUCAUCUGCCGACGAUGCAGAAUCGCCUCAAGAGUCGAAUGUUUGGGAUGAUGAUAAAGAUUGGAAUGAAGAAUGGACGGAUAGUGUUGCUGAGAAGAUGAAGGUGUUGGCAGCUGAUUCCGUAGUUCCUGAAGCUACUAAUGAACCUCUAUCUGAUACUUCAUCAGGAAGCAUCCAACCCAAAAUGAAGCCUUCCACAUCGAAGAAUAAGGCUUGUAUAGGCGCCGAAUUUGAAAUAGCCGCUCAGAGCAGAGAAGAAGAUUUCUUCGCUGAUAUGGUUCCUGAUAUCAAGACUAGAGGGACAAUAAUUGACCAGCUGAUUGCUCAACAGGAAGAGCUGAAGAAAAAAGAAGAAGAACCUCCCAAAAUAUUAAAGUUUGAAAUGAAAUACGAAGAGUUGGUUUUCGAUAAAGAAGCUUGGGGAGAUGAUGAUGAUGAGGACUGGGGAAAUUCCGGUCAAGAACCUGAACAUUCUUCGAAUACAAUCGAAGAUAGCCCGAAAGAGCGUUCAAUAGAGCCUUCAGAGAGUCAGAAUGUGAAUUUGGUGGAGGAAGUGCUUACGGACUGA